UCAACAAGAUUUUGGGUCUCAUUGACGUCGGACGCAAAGAGGGCGCAAACCUCUUGACCGGCGGUCAGCGAUGGGGAACUCAGGGCUACUUCAUUCAGCCCACAGUUUUUAGUGACGUGAAAGACGACAUGACUAUAGCCAAGGAGGAGAUCUUCGGACCCGUGCAGUCCAUCUUUAAGUUCAAGACGUUUGAUGAGGCGAUCGAUCGCUGCAAUAACACCAGCUAUGGAUUGGCUGCCGGCGUGUUCACCAAAGACAUCAAUAAGGCGUUGAGAUUCUCGCAGCAGGUCCAGGCCGGCUCUAUUUGGAUCAACACCUUCCUGGCACUGGGACCUCAGGUGCCCUUUGGAGGCUUCAAACAGUCCGGCUUUGGCCGAGAGAAUGGUGAGGACGGCCUACACGAGUAUCUGGAGAUCAAAUCGGUUGCUAUUUAUAACGACCAAAAGAACUCUUAAAUGGAUUUUUGGUUUCAAUUGGUUUCACUUAAGCGAAGCUCUGAAACAAAUAUCUUUUUAAUACCAAUUCCGAUGUCGAGGAAUAUAGCAAUUAUUUUCGAGUUUAUUCUUAGUUUGUCUAUUAAUUUGAUACGAAAAUUUACUAAUGAUUUUAUGUUCAAUUAUUGUAUCAUUCGAGAUUAUAAAAAUAAAAAUUAGACAAAACAAAUGCAUAUAAUAAUAAUAAAAUUGAUUUUAUAAUUAUGACUCUAAUAAUUGAAGUCUAAUUACAAUACAAUUAAUC